CCGCGGCCGGAGCGCGGGGCUGCGGGAGCGCGGCGACCCGAGGGCCGAGCGGACCCGGGGACGCGAGGACCCGCGCGGGCCGGCAUCACUGCGUCGCCCCGCGCGUCUCUGGGCCCAGAGCCCGCAGGUGUCGCCUGUCCUCGCCCCGCAGCUGCAGCCGCCCGACAUGGAGCCCCCUGUCCAGAUCUUCCGCGGCGAGCCGGGCUCCACCUGCGCCCCAAGCACCUGCCUGCCCCCCAACGGCAGCGGCCGGUUCCCGGGCUGGGCCGAGCCGGACCGCAACAGCAGCGCAGGCUCCGAGGACGCGCCGCCGGAGCCCGAGCACAUUUCGCCGGUCAUCCCGGUCAUCAUCACGGCGGUCUAUUCCGUGGUGUUCGUCGUGGGCCUGGUGGGCAACUCGCUGGUCAUGUUCGUGAUCGUCCGAUACACAAAGAUGAAGACGGCAACCAACAUCUAUAUAUUUAACCUGGCUUUAGCAGAUGCUUUGGUUACCACGACCAUGCCCUUCCAGAGCACGGUCUAUCUGAUGAACUCCUGGCCCUUUGGGGACGUGCUGUGCAAGAUCGUCAUCUCCAUCGACUACUACAACAUGUUCACCAGCAUCUUCACCUUGACCAUGAUGAGCGUGGACCGGUACAUCGCUGUGUGCCACCCGGUCAAGGCUCUCGACUUCCGCACGCCCCUGAAGGCAAAGGUCAUCAACAUCUGUAUUUGGAUCCUGUCUUCAUCUGUUGGCAUCUCGGCCAUAGUCCUUGGAGGAACCAGAGUCAGGGAAGACAUGGACGUCGUCGAGUGCUCCUUGCAGUUCCCGGAUGACGACUACUCCUGGUGGGACCUCGUCAUGAAGAUCUGUGUCUUCGUCUUUGCCUUCGUGAUCCCCGUCUUCAUCAUCAUCGUCUGCUACACCCUCAUGAUCCUGCGCUUAAAAAGCGUCCGGCUCCUUUCCGGCUCCCGAGAGAAAGACCGCAACCUCCGUCGCAUCACCAGGCUUGUCCUGGUGGUGGUGGCGGUCUUCGUCAUCUGCUGGACCCCCAUCCACAUCUUCAUCCUCGUGGAGGCUCUGGGCAGCAGCUCCUACAGCACGGCUGCGCUCUCCAGCUAUUACUUCUGUAUUGCCUUAGGCUACACCAACAGCAGCCUGAACCCCAUUCUCUAUGCGUUUCUCGAUGAAAACUUCAAGCGGUGUUUCAGGGACUUCUGCUUUCCAAUUAAGAUGAGGAUGGAGCGCCAGGGCACUGACAGAGUCAGAAACACCGUUCAGGAUCCUGCCCACCUGAGGGAUGCUGAUGGGAUAAAUAAACCAGUAUGACUAGU